GCGCACGAGAUAACACCAAGAAGAGGAGAACAUGUGUCUAGAAUUAUAAUACCUUGUGCUAUUAUACUCAAAAUAUAGUCUGUAUGAGGAUUUACUGAACAGACACAUUCAUCUACAUCUACAAUUAUCGCUCUGCGUUGGUUGCCUCUUCUUCUCUUUGACAUUACUGAACAUUCCGUCACUAUGGCGCAGAAAGCAGCCAAGACCCUUGCCGCCCGCAAUGCCUCCCUCCUCUUGCGCACGCAUAUAAUCACCCUCUGUCUGCAUUCAAUCUUCCUGCUCCUGCACUGGACCUUCAACCGUCCACGCUCGUUAAAGCCAUACUUCUUCCUUGCAUGGCCGACUCUCGCCAUCGAAUUCUACCUUGAACGAUUGGGCCGUCCGAGCUACAACCCUGCCGACGAAGACCUCGGAGCUUCCGGUCUGACGGAGUACAUGUGGGAUGUCCUCUACUGGACCUGGGGUUGUAUGGGGGCGGCUUGUCUAUUUGGAGAUCGCGCUUGGUGGCUGUGGAUCGUGAUUCCCAUAUACUCUGUUUGGUUGGCCUAUACCACCUUCACUGGGAUGAAGAGCGGGUUGGCCGGAAUGGGUGGAGCGGACACGCCCGUCGCAGAAAGUAAGAGACAGAAGAAGAUGGAGAAGCGUGGAGGACAACGCAUGCAAUACCGGUGAUUGCGGCUCAUGCCGACUGUAUUAUUGUACAUUAAGUUAUGGAUCGUUGGGUCCUGAUUGAGACAACAUCUUUGAACAGGGAAGACGAUAUGAAUAGAAUUGGUCAUGAGCUUUUAGGAAACGGAGAUAUGAAGAAAACUUGGAGUCAAAAAGAGAAAUAUCCUGUUGCAUUGCCAAAAGUCACGUACAUAUCAGUUAAGAAAUCAGGUAGCGGAAC